AUGGAGUACAACCGUGCGACCAAUGCUCAAAAAAAGGCCAAAUUUGCGUCUUUACUUGUCCGCCUUCGGUUGGAAGCGAUGCGCUGGCAGAACCUUGUGCUGUCUCGGAUCGACCGAUUGGAACAAACCAUGGAGCGACAAAGCCUGUAUGGACCUUCAAAGUUUAAUCAAGUGAAAGGCAGAGGUUCCAUUCCUGAGGCACAGCCCAGCUGGCUUGCUCAUCUGAACCCGCAGACUGGAUGUUUCGAGUAUUACGGACGCACCUCGACUUUCGUCAUCGCCUCCUCUCUCGGAAAACGAAUAAGGCAACUCGAAGAAGGCAUCGACCCUCCACCGCCGCAGAAACGAAUGCGUAUUGGUCAUAUACCUGUUACCGACCACGGCCACGAUAUGGAAAGUCUGGGCUUGAAUGACCUGACCGGAUUUUGUGACUAUGUGAUGCCAUCCAAUGCCACUCUUCGUCAACAUCGUUGCUUACGGAGCGACGUGGCGGAUCGACACAUCGAGAGUUUUUUCAGUACUAUCCACAUAUUCUUACCAAUCUUUGACGUCAGCAAGUUCAGAGCAAAAUACAACGCACUCAGGAAUCUUUUUGGGGACAAUCGAUUGUUUGUUUUAAGCCAAGGUAACCACAACAGACCACAGUUUUUGUGUCUGCUCUACGCAGUCCUAGCCCUUGGGGCUUUGUACGAAGACGAAAGGGACGAUAACUCGUCGUGGGCGUCAUGGUAUUUUGCAGAAGCUCAAGAAAUCCUGGGCCGUCUGCUGGAUGCAGUGAAUCUUGAAUUGAUUCAGGCUGCCAUGCUCAUGGGAGCAUAUGCGCAACAUGCCAUCAAGCCGAGUCUGGCAUACAACCUGACUGGCAUCGCCACCCGACUGGCAUUUUCCAUCGGAUUGAAUAUCGAGUCAACAUAUGGCUCGGCUGCGUUUGACGCAGAGGAGGCAAGACGUACUUGGUGGUUAAUAUAUGUCCAAGAAGUCGAAUUGAGCUUGGACUCAGGUCGACCAAUGUCGAUCUGCAUGUCUGAGAUGGACAUUGGAUAUCCCACACGUCAGGUGAACCUUUCGAGAGAGCCUGAAAUUCCCCCAGUCUUUGCGGGAUUGUCGUCUGUGGAGGCUCUCCGAGAAGAGCUGCAGCAGUGGCAUGCAUCUUUGCCCGUCCACCUUCGAUUCUAUUACGAGAUCCGAGGCUUGGAUUCCACAACCAAAGAUGCGCCUUGCAGUUGGAAGGCGAGACAGCAUAGCAGCUUGCGGAUCCAUUAUAAUCUCGCCAUGAUAAUCCUCUUCCGGAGCUUCCUUAGCAAGCCACCAUCUGAUCCUAGCAGUCACGGCUCUCACCAGUCCGGCCAACAGCGAGAGGCUUUGUACAAAUCUCUAUGUCUCGACGCGGCUUGUGACAUGAUCAGUCACAUUCACGAACUCUUCACCCUCGCACCGAGCCUGAGGCGUUGGAGUUAUUAUUGCUUUUACUGCUUACAGGCCACCUUGGUGCUGCUGACGAAGCUGACCGAAGAUGACAACGAGUGCCGUGAAAACCAAAGACGGUCCUCGCCACCUAUUCAAGAUUUAGAAUUACGGAAUCAAUCCGAAAGCCGACGAGAUCUCAAGAGCUUCUGUCAUCUCAGCAUCGGUAUAUUCGAGCAGAUCGAACUGAAAGCAGCCAAUCGUUGUGUGCAAGUUGUACGGAAGUUUUUGAACAGAUGGGAGGAUCGGCAAAGGAAAUAUAAGCAACGGGUUCGACCCAUUUUGAAUAAGCAGCAGGCCCUUCGUUCAGAACACAGUACCAAUUGUUCGCAGAUGGCAGAUCCUGACACUCAUGUUCCGCAACUAGAAAAGGCGAACUCGGUUGGACAACCUCACUUCGACGUGUUUCAAUCAUGGUCUUCUGGAGUCGCCGCUAGUUCAAAUGAUGCGGAUCGACGAGGAUCUUUGAAUCCUCCCUCCGAAAAUGGAAUGAACGUCGCAGAAGGGGACAAUUACGCCAGUACCACGCCAUCGACACAAUCCCUUGGUGGGCUACAGGCAGAGCUCGAGCUUUACUGCGCGACGUAUGGAAAUAUCUACAACGGGGACAGCGAGCUUGACCUCUUUUCGAAUGACCCAACGGCUGAGUUCACCAUCGGGACGAAGGCGCCGACGGGAUGCUUGCUUCAAGUUGAGCAAGACUUGGAAACGGACGAGAGUGGCUGGUUCUACUAA